UUAUUCAAAUUUGCGUAGGAAUCUUAACAUUUAAUUUUGUACUUCAGUCCAAAGGAAUGCCAUUAACCAAAGAGGAGAUCAUGCUGUUGGUGCCAUUAGUGGAGGCUCAUCAAAUUAUUUUUAGUAAAGCCGCUAACGCCAGCAACAACCGGCUGAAAGAGGUGACUUGGUCUAAAAUGACAGACCGUUUCAAUUCGUUGAUAAUCAGUAGCCCACGGACACCUGAGCAGCUAAGGCUUAAAUGGGAAAAUUUAAAAAAAGCUUCUCGAAAAAGAAGUACUAAAAUUAGGAUGAAUAACCUGAAGACUGGAGGUGGAAAACCAGAGUACAUUCCACCAGAUGAAGCGCUGGAUAAAGUAGCAGCCAUUUUAGGUUCGACCUGUGAAGGUUAUAGCGUUCCGUUUGGUGGUGAUGCUGUGGUCGAGGAUGUGGAAGAAAUGGUGCAAGAAGCAGUGGUUGUGGAUGUACCUUAUAUUGAGAACACUCUACCAGUUAUUGCUUCGCCUGCUUUGUCCCCGCACACCCCAAAGUCCAAAAAGUUUCUUUUUUCAUCCACCAUUAGCAAAGGAAAGUUAAAACGCCAAACUCUGGCUGAGGACAUAAAAAUGUCAGUCAAAAAUAGGAAUCGGGCCAUUGCGGAAUAUUACGAUUCAAAAAGAAAGCAAGAAGAGGAAAUUUUUGUUUAAAAAAAAAAAGUUAGAAUUGGAUAUUCUUGAGAAGGAAAGGAAAUUGGAAAAACAUAAAUAAAGUGUUUUAAAACAUUUGUUUUAU